UUCAUGAUGAGUAGCUGACUGCUUCUGUCAGAACAGUUCUUAUUUAUCUCUUUUAUCAUCCUUUAAAGUCAUUGUUGACAAAGACAACGGCUCGAUCAUGUCAAACCCGUCUCUGCUGGUCCUGUACGGCAGCCAGACGGGGACGGCUCAGGACACGGCUCAGAGGAUCGCCCGGCAGGCUCAGAGAAGACGGCUGCAGGUUCAAUUGUUGCCUCUGGAUCACUACAAUGUGGCCAACUUGAUCUCAGAGUCUCUGGUUGUUUUUGUGUGCGCCACCACUGGUCAAGGAGAACCUCCUGAUAAUAUGAAGAACUUCUGGAGGUUUAUCUUCAGGAAGUCUUUACCUGUGGGAUCUCUGUGUCGGCUGGACUGUGCCAUACUGGGUCUGGGGGAUUCCUCCUAUCCAAAGUUUAAUUUCAUGGCUAAGAAGCUUCAUAAGCGUGUCAUGCAGCUGGGCGCCACGGUGCUACUUCCUGUCGGGCUGGCAGACGACCAGCACGACCUCGGGGCAGACGCUGUGAUCGACCCGUGGCUCAAAUCAUUCUGGGACAAAGUGUUUGCUAUGCACCCGUCUCUGUCAGAGGUGACCCCACUGAAGGAGGAUGAGCCGCUCCCUCCAAAGUUCACCUUUCACUUUCUGGAGGAUGUGAAGGAGCAGACGGAGGACAGGUUAAAGAUUCCCUCAGAGCAAACCAUCCCCUCUCAGUCCCACCCCUUCCCUGCUAGACUGCUGUCCAAUAAGAGAGUGACAGACCAGUCUCACUUUCAGGAUGUGAGGCACAUCGACUUUGACAUCAGUGGAUCCAACAUCCAGUUUGCAGCAGGUGACGUGGUGAUGAUGUAUCCUCGUAACGCAGCAGAAGACGUGCAGCAGUUCUGUCAGAUGCUCGGAUUAGAUCCAGAGGCCACAUUCACUAUCAGGCCCACAGACAACACAGCAGUCCCAGCCAGGCUUCCUCAGCCCUGCAAUGUGCGCCACCUGGUGGAGAGCUACCUGGACAUCGCCGCCGUGCCUCGCCGUUCCUUCUUCGAGCUGCUGUCUACAUUCUCCACCAACGAGCUGGAGCAGGAGAAGCUGGUGGAGUUCAGCUCAGCUGCCGGCCAGGACGAACUGCACGGCUACUGCAACCGACCUCGACGCACCGCACUGGAGGUGUUGGCAGAUUUCCCUCAUACCACAGCAGAACUCAAAGUGGACUACCUCCUGGAUCUUUUCCCUGAGAUCCAGCCUCGCUCUUUCUCCAUCGCCUCUUCUCUCCUGGCUCACCCACACAGGCUUCAGAUCCUGAUCGCCGUGGUCCGUUACAAAACCAAGAUGUUUAAACCACGAAGAGGACUCUGCUCCAGCUGGUUAGCCUCCCUGGACCCUACACAAGGGGAGGUGUACGUGCCUCUGUGGGUGAAGAAGGGAAGUCUGAAGUUCCCUACACAGAAGGACACCCCUGUGAUAAUGGUGGGACCUGGAACAGGAGUGGCGCCCUUCAGGUCUGCUUUACAAGAGAGGACUGCAGAGGGAAAAACCGCCAACGUCUUGUUCUUCGGCUGUCGAUCCGAGACCAAAGACUUCUACUUCAGUUCAGAGUGGGAGGACAUGAUGAAGGCGGGACAGCUGAAACUCUUCACCGCCUUCUCACGAGACCAGGAGGAAAAAGUGUACGUGCAGCAGCGUGUGAGGGAGAACUCUGAGCUCCUGUGGGACCUGAUUACAAAUAAAGGAGGCUGCUUCUACAUCGCUGGCAAUGCUAAACAGAUGCCCGCCAGCGUACGUGAUGCACUGAAAGAAGGGUUCCAGCAGGAGGGAGGAACGUCCGCCGAGGAAGCCGAGCAGAUGCUGGAAGCCAUGGAGAGGACGGGCCGUCUCCAGAGCGAGACCUGGUCCUGAUCACGUGACCCUCAACUCUUCACCUUCAGCUGCUGCCGCCACGUUGAAUAUAAUACAAUCACCGCUGUCAUCAAAGUGUAUUCAGACAUAUGAACAGCAGCAUAUUUUGAGUGUGGAAGUUCAUUUCAGUUUUGGGGAAGCAUGUGUCUGUUACUGACUUCUCAGCUCAGCUUUAAGUUGGGUAAAAGAUAGUCAGACACACUGCAUGAAUAAAAGAAGUGCCAAAUCAGAGCCAAAUCUACUCAUAUUAGUGUUAGAUGUAUGUAUAUGGACUGCAUGCAGAGACAUGUUACAGUUUUCAGCAUAUAAACCAAUGAGCAGGAACAUUACAGAUGUCAGGAUCAUGCAUUUCCUGUAUUCCACUGUGUGUGAGACAAGUGUUCAAUGACUGAUCAAGAAAAUAACAAUCAAUACAUUUGCCUCCCACUGUUCUAUACGGUGCUCGGCGCUAAACGGUGCCAUCACAGCAGGACCUCAGUGUGCUGAAGAGAUUAUUAACUGAUGGUCACACACAGUAACCUUUGAGCUCCAGUGCACUUUUAGUCUCAGUCACAUAAGUGCACAACUUUAAAUGUUGCCUUAGCCAACAGAUAACCGAUCAUUUAUGAAUAAAGUAUCAGUUUAUUGUCUCUCCCACUCUGUCAUAUUUCACUGCUUAUAAUCACUUAUGACAUAAAUGUUACAGUUACACAAUCUGUAAACUGGCUUACAUACAGUAUAGGGGACCAAUGGCGCAGCAGCACCCAGUAUGUGACAUAAUAAAGUAUAAUCUGAAAAUUACACUUGUUUGGCUUUUGUUUCAGUUCUACAGUCAUUUAUUGAAAAUGGAAAGUAAUCAGAUUAAGAUCAAUUUAGUUAUUUUUAAAAAUUUAAAUUUUUUGAGGAGUCGUUCAGAUUCUGUUAGAAGAUGAGAUGUCUCAG